AUGCUGGUUGCUCCUGCCCAGGCACCACCUGUGGACUUGAUGCUGAGCCACCAGAUCCGGAUGCUCAGCACCUCGCGCAAGGACGUGGCACAGGUGGCGGUCAUUAAUGCCAAGGUGCCCGGGGUGGACAAUGAUUUGGGAACGCCCCACGAUCCCGUGGUUGCGCAGAUGAAGCGCACCUAUGGCACCACAGGCUCCGUGCAGGUUGUGGACCUCGAGUCCAAUCAGACCCUGCAGCAGGAGCUGAUGCAGAAAAUCUUCUCUGUCCGCAAGGGCAGCACGGCUGCUUUCGCGAAGAAGUUCUUCAAGACGGACCUCACGUCUCCGGAAAUGAAGCGCCAGAUGGCUUAUUUCACCGCGAUGAUGCAGUUCGUGGAACUUUGCAGCAAGGCCGAGUAUGGCGUUGAGAUCUGUGCCAACAUGGAGGGGGAGUCCUUCGUGCACAGGCAGGAUAAGAAGGGCUUGAUUGAUCUGGCCAGCGAGCUGUUCGACGGAGACGAAGAGGUGAUUGCUCUGCAGCCUCCGUCCUACUGCGAUUACACGCAGGCGCACCACAGGCCCGCUUGGGCGAAGAAGGACAAGUGGACCAGCAGCAGCUUCACGAAGUGUGUCGCCAACGCGACCAAGGCCAAGGCAGAGGCCGUCCCUGCGACCAUGCUCUUCAAUCGCCAGCGCUUGAUGGCCGCUCUGCCGCUGAGCGUUGACGCGGACGAUCUGAGCCUCGAGAAGGGCUUCGCCCACGCGUUGUUGGUGGGGCUCGCGCCUGAGGCGAUCAAGGGCAUGCAGUGUGGCCACUCUUUCGUGAUCAGGCCGUCCGGCGAGGAGGCAAAGUGCCAGGGCAAGAAGAUGCCGCUCAAGACCCAUCUGCUUGCUGCCGGCAAGACGAAGGACUCUGAUGCCAGCCGGUUCUCCGGAGAGUAUGGGGUCUUCAACCAGAGGAUGGUCAUGGGCUUCGAGGUGGUGGUGGACCGCGUGGAAAAGGGGAUGAUUCCUGCCCCGACUGGCUCCGUGGGGGACAAGUGCCUGGAGAUGUGCCCGUCCGACACCCGCGUCAAGGAGGGCAUGGCGUGGUGA